CGACGUCGGUACUCACCCAGUAACAAAUCUCAAAAAACUUUCUUUUACACUACACGAAAAUAAAAAGAACUUUAACAGUAGAUUUUAUCAUAGUAGCGACCGCGACCGUGAGAGUUUCCUCAAUAACCACCACUCUCUCACUCCCCUGUGGGGAAACGUCGAAACAAUGCCUCCAAAGCUUCUUGAGGCGUACAAUGAUUCUGGCGGAUCACAAUGCUACGAUGACGACGGAAAACCACUUACACCCAAGACCAUCCAGAACUACAUCGCAGAGUUAACGGACGUCUUUCUUCCUGUCGGCUACCCAGAAUCAGUGACUCCCGAUUAUACACCUUAUCAAAUCUAUGACUCACUCCAGGCGUUCUCUAGCACUAUUGCAGGGUUGUUGUCAUCCCGAGCUGUGCUCCAGGGUUUCGGUGUUGGAGAUUCGACUUCUUCAGCAACGGCUGCAGUUCUCCUGACUGUCUUGCAAGAAUCUACCGGCCGCUUGGCCACUAUCUUAUUCGCCCACCGAUGUGGUCAGGCUAUCCAACCAGAGUGCAAGUUUUACCGUUUUCUUGCCGAUAUCGUGAACGAUGCAGCUCUAUUCCUCGAUGUGCUUGCACCUGCCCUCCCCACCUACCCUAAGGUGUUAGCACUUUGUGGGGCCGGCGUUCUACGCGCACUCUGCGGUAUCUCGGGUGGAGCUGCGAAAGCCGAGCUCAGCGCUCAUUUCGCCAAGAAUGGUAAUCUAGCGGAGCUUAACGCCAAAGAUGGCAGCCAGGAGACCGUCAUCAGUCUUCUGGGCAUGCUGGUCGGUAGUAUCUUCCUGAAGUUUGUGCAUGGGCGCAACGCCGUCUUGGCUUGGAUGGUCGUACUUGUUACCAUUCACCUGUGGACGAACUAUCGUGCUGUCCGCUCAGUGGAGAUGCGCACACUCAACAAGCAGCGAUUGUGCAUCAUGCUGACGGAGCUUAACUCUCAUCGGGCCAAGGUUCCAGAUGGAAUGGUGGAUUGGCUCCACCCAAACCAGAUCGCAGCCAAGGAGAACAUUCUGAUGUGGACCAAGCCCAAGAUUUCCUUCGCCAACAGACUCCCGCGACAUGGCGACAUUACGCCUGACGAUCUUUCGGCAUUCACCAACGUCCCCUACAUUAUCGUGUCGCGAAAGGGACACAAGACUAUUUGGAUGAAGAAAGAGGCAAGGGAUAUCGAUGUCAUUGCAGCCUGGGCACAGGCUUGCACUGGACAGCCGUAUAUACCGAGUAUAUGGUAUCGAUCUUUGAAGCGUGCUGGUUGGGACGUCCAGACCAACGCACUUGAGACGGGAUCACGCAUCCGUAUUGUGGUAGACGAAGGACGGGAGCCUGGUGAUGAAGAGCCCAAGAAGGACAUAUAAACGGGAAAGGGGGGAGUUAUCUUUACAACGAGUGCGUCAAGGCGUAAUGGAAACCGGUCUGGCUUGUACCUACGAUACCCCCAAGAUAUGUUGU